AUGAUCCCCUGUCUACGUCGCUGGACGACACCACGGGCACUAUCAGCCCCAAUCCGCCUCUUCAGCGAAACCCCCAUCGCCCCCUCCAAGCCCCUCCCACCACGUCUUAAAAUCAACGACGAAGACAUAUCGAUAUCCUACCUAAAAGGCACCGGGCCUGGCGGACAGAAGAUUAACAAAACCAACUCAGCGGUGCAAAUUAUCCACAAGCCCAGUGGGGUGGUAAUCAAAUGUCAAGCGACGCGCUCGCAAUCGCAGAAUGCCAAGAUUGCGCGAUCCUUGUUGGCUGAUAGGGUUGAGGCUAAGGAGAAGGGGGAGGAAAGUCGAAUUGGGAUUAAGGCUGCGGCGGCACGGAAGAAGAAGGCUAGUAAGAUGAAGAAGGCAAGGAGGAAGUAUCGGGAGCUUGAGGAUGGGGCAAAGUCGAAGGUUGAAGAGGAAGAUGAGAUUGAAAUCAUUUGGGACGAGGAUGUGAAGCCGGAGGAAUCUAAACCGGCUGGUGACUCGGGGAAGACCUAG